AUGGCGAUGGCAGCUUCUGCAAAAAACCGUAAUGCCCGGUUACCACCUGAAGUAAAUCGUGUUUUAUUUGUCCGAAAUCUUCCUUUCAAUAUUACUUCUGAAGAAAUGUACGAUAUUUUUGGAAAGUAUGGCGCUAUACGACAGAUCAGAUUAGGAGAAAAAGACACACGUGGGACUGCUUUUGUAGUUUAUGAAGACAUAUUCGAUGCUAAAGCUGCAUGUGAUCACCUUAACGGAUUUAAUGUUAUGGGUAGAUAUCUUAUUGUGUUAUACUAUCAACCCAAUAAAGUUACGAAAAAGAUGAACCUACAAAAGAAAGAAGAAGAAUUAAAAGAAUUAAAAAGUCGAUAUGGUGUACCCGAUCAAGACUGA